UCCGUCAAGAGAUCAAACUGAAAUUUAACUCUUCCAAACAGUAGUUUUGCACUUUGGAGAAGUACUAGAGGAUCACAGCACCGUUCCUUUUUCAUCAGUUCAACAAAGGUUGAAGCCAGAAAAAAAAAAACAGUUGUCAUGGCGUCAAUGAUACUGCCAUUCAUUGGCGCACUGUCAGUAUCACAUGUUUUGGUGGCUUUGACAACAGUGUGUCUGAGCUACCUGAUUAUCAAGAAUGCCCAAAAGAAGAUUCCCGAGGGGCUUCGCCAACUCCCUGGGCCAAAGUCUUUGCCUAUCAUUGGUAACUUGCUAGAGCUGGGAAAAAGACCCUACCUGAGUCUCACUGCUAUGAGCAAACGCUACGGUGACGUCUUCCAGGUCCAGAUCGGCAUGCGUCCUGUGGUCGUUUUAAGCGGUAAUGAAACUGUUCGGCAGGCUCUCAUCAAACAAGGGGAUGACUUUGCAGGCAGACCUGACCUGUACAGCUUCCACUACAUCAAUGAUGGCAAGAGUCUGACUUUCAGUACAGACCAAGCUGGCAUUUGGCGUGCCCGCAGAAAGCUGGCCUACAGUGCCCUGCGCUCUUUUUCCACCUUGGAGGGCACAACCCCAGAGUACUCAUGUGCAUUGGAGGAACAUAUCAGCAAAGAGACUGAGUAUCUGAUCAAAGAACUCAACACUGUCAUGAAGAGCGAAGGCAGUUUUGACCCCUUCCGCUAUGUUGUUGUCUCUGUUGCUAAUGUGAUCUGUGGCAUGUGCUUUGGCCGGCGCUAUGACCACCAUGACGAUGAGCUGGUUGGGUUAGUGACCCUCAGUGAUGAUUUCGUUAAGGUGGUGGGCAGUGGUAACCCAGCAGACUUCAUCCCUCUUCUUCAGUACCUGCCCAGCACUGCAAUGGAAAAGUUUGUGAGCAUCAAUGAUCGCUUCAACAAGUUUGUUCAAAAGCUCGUCAGUGAGCACUAUGCCACCUUUGACAAGAACAACAUCCGCGACAUCACAGAUUCCCUCAUCAAUCACUGCGAUGACAGAAAGCUGGACGAGAAUGCAAAUGUCCAGAUGUCAGAUGAGAAGAUUGUCGGAAUCGUCAAUGAUCUGUUUGGGGCAGGUUUUGACACCAUCUCCACUGCUCUGUCAUGGUCACUCAUGUAUUUUGUGGCUUACCCUGAGAUCCAGGACAGAGUUUUUGAAGAAAUUAAGGAAAAAGUAGGUCUGGAUCGUACACCUGUUAUCUCUGACAGGAACAACUUGCCCUUCCUGGAGGCCUACAUCCUGGAGCUCUUUCGCCACUCUUCAUACCUGCCCUUCACAAUCCCGCACUGCACCACAAAAGACACAUCACUGAAUGGCUACUUCAUCCCCAAAGACACCUGUGUCUUCAUCAAUCAGUGGCAGAUCAACCAUGACCCUGAGCUGUGGGAAGAUCCAGCUUCCUUCAAGCCAGAACGUUUCCUGAAUGCUGAUGGCACUGAGAUCAACAAGGUAGAGGGAGAGAAGGUGAUGACUUUUGGCAUGGGAAAGCGGCGCUGCAUUGGCGAAAUCAUUGCACGAAAUGAAGUCUUCCUCUUCUUGGCAAUCCUCAUUCAGAAACUACAUUUUAAAGCAAUGCCUGGAGAGGAUCCAGACCUGACCCCACAGUACGGUCUAACAAUGAAGCACAAACAUUACCAUCUGAGAGCCACAAUGCGAGUGAAGAAUGAGCAGUGAAGCUCUUUAUAAUAUACAAUGUGUGACUUAGUAGGUGGUAUAAGCUGAAGCUGUAAGGAUCAAAGUUAGAAUGUAAGACUCUGGAUGCCAAAUGUGGCCUACAAAGCUCAAAGCAAAAAGAAGACUUUGCUUGCUGCAGAUUGUUAGUGAUGCCUAGGUCUGCAUCUGUUGUUAUGUUUUUGGUUAGCUAAGAGAUACUUCUGCAAAUGGCUGCUGCUUCUCAAUGAAGUUUAAGGAGUUACUUGUUUCUCCUGCUGUGUUGUCCAGCAAUCUAAACUGCUCCCAUUCAGAAACUAAAAAAAGUUACAAAAAAACAACAGAACUUUGGGACAAACAGUUUGCCUUACUGGGUGGACAGUUUAGGGCGCUGUAGCCAAUUUUUUUCUGUGACACGGGACUCUGAAGUGAACAGAUUUUACCUUAUGUUACCAUUUACACAUGUAAGCUAAUUAUUUGCAUCCCAUUAUGCUGUAGCUGUAAGACACUGAAGCUAUAUCUUUAUCCCAGAAUGUGAUUUUGAGUGUACAUCAAAACUUUUCAUUAUGGUUGAUCUGCCAAUGUUGGUUUCUAUGAUA